AUGUGCAGAAACCUCCUCUGGAGUAACAUCACCUUCCUUCCUAUACUGUGCAGAAACCUCCUCUGGAGUAUGAGUUCAUAAUACAGAUUUCAGAACUUAACAACAACACGGGGAACGGGUUAAAACACAUACAUAGUGCAGUCUAGAUGAUAUGGCUCUGAUUGGUCAAUGGAGACAGUGUUACAGACUCAAUGCUGUAGCCUCGGCACUUCCGUCAUCUUGUAGCAGACUUUGGGAUGUAUCAGCAGCAUGCUUCUCAGAUGUCAACAAAUUACCAAUUCUUACCCUUUUUACGAAGGACAACUGCUCACUGUGUGAUGAUGCUAAAGAUGUAUUGAAGAAGUAUCAAAACCAAUUUGUUUUAGAGGAAGUCUACAUCGACAAGCCAGAAAACAGAGACUAUUUCUCCAAGUAUCGCUACGAUAUUCCCGUCUUCCAUUUCAACGGAGAAUUUCUCAUGAAGCACCGAGUGGACGAAGGACUCUUCACGGAAACCCUUGCCAAGUACGAACAGGAAAUCAUCAAAGACUGAAUUAUUCGUUAUCUGCAAUCUUCGGA